AUGUCGCCACUGACCAUAGCAAUACUUCAGGGCACCGACAUUGACCUCGCGCCAUCCCAGACCCAUUCAGGUACCUCCAGCAAGGCGCAUGUACCCAUCGUUGUUAGAGAGCUGUGCAGCCAAUGGGAGCAGACGGUGUUGCUUUUCGAGGAGCUGAGUGACCAAAGUCUGGAGGUGGACGUGCUGACCUAUACCACAAUACUUAGUGCCUGCACACAGUGCACGCAGUGGCAGAAGGGCGUGGCACUGGCGGAGGAGGCAGUGAGCCUUUGUUUGGCAGAUGAAAAACUCUACAACGCGGCCAUCAGUGCCUGUGGCGAAGGCAACCACUGGCGCCGGGGUCUGGCGUUCUUUGAGGAGCUGUUGUCCAGCGGUCUGCCCGUGGACAUCGCGAGCUGUAACGCAAUGAUUGGCGCCUGCGACAGGGCCGGUUCUUGGAAUUUCGCGCUGGCGAUGCUUGAGUCGGCAUCCAACAUCGCCUUGCGGCCGACCAUUCUCACGUACGCCGCGGCAUUUCGUGCCUUGGCCAACGACAGCAGCCGCAGCAGCACAAGUACUGGGAAUGUUCUUGCGAAAGGGGCGAACAAGAACGAUCUGCUUUGCGACUUGCUUGGGAACUGUCAGUCUGACUCCAUGGAAGGCACAGGUUUCAAGCCUGUCGUUUCUCAGGGAGUUGCACGCGACGGCGCUGUGGACCUUGAAAGCUUGAGCACUGCGGACCAGCAAAAAAGCGUGAAGAUGCGCACCUUCGCCAGCUCUUUCAACUACGGUGUUGGCGUCACAAGCACGCUCAUCGAGCAUAAAGGUAGCCAGCUGAAGAUCACGAUGAAGACUCCAAAAGGAACCUCAACAUCGACGAUCCACAUCAACGGCACUGAACAGGGCUCGGUCGAUCCUAUGGAAGAUCGGCCUUUACGGGUGCGGCCUCAGUGGGAAGGCAAAGUAUUGGUGGUCUCAAGCAGGCGCGCAGACUCUGCAAAGUCUUUGCCGACAAAUCGGAGAUUUCUGCAGGGUGUCCAGAUGAUUGUGGAAUCCACCACCCAGUCAGGCUUGGUCACGCGGCGAAUAUUU